AUGUCAUUCACAGCCCACUUGAAACUCAUUGACUUCGGUCUGUGCCGGACAAUAGACGAACCACAAGGGGAAAUAAUGACCGACUGCGGAAAGCCAGCGGUGAGAGCCCCUGAAAUAUACCUGGACAGGCCGUGUGGGCUGGCCAUUGACUGGUGGAGCUUUGGCGUAAUGUUGUAUCGCUUUAUCACAGGCUACAACCCAUUCCGUACAGACAAACUGACCGAGGGGUAACCGUUUCAUGUUUUAGCUUUGUCCUAGCUCAGUGGCUCUCAACCUUCCUAAUGCCGCGACCCUUUAAUACAGUUCCUUAUGUUGUGGUGCCCCCCCCCCAACAAAACCAUAGAAUUAUUUUCGUUGCUACUUUGUAAAUAUAUGUUUGCCAAUGGUCUUAGGCGACCCCUGUGUAAGGGUCGUUCGACCCCAAAGGAGUCGCGACCUAAAGGUUGAGAACUGCUGGUCUAGUUAGUAUAGUUUAUAAAUCAGGGAAGGGCAAGCUUUAGGGAAAUAUAAUAUAUAUCAUCGUAAUUACAUUUCCACAUAACGUGUAAUUGUUUUUGGUCUUUUUGAGUUUAGACUAAUGGAAUAACAUGAUUGAAAAAAAAAACAUAUUGAGAAGAAAACUACCAAGUUAAAAUAAUUUUACUUGACUACCCUGCAUACGUAUUUCUUAAAUAAACAGACCAAAAUCUAGACGGAACAUUUUCUAUUCUUACAAAAAGAGACAUUAAAAAAUGCAAAGAUGCAUGUGCUUCUAAAGAUAUCCUUGUUGCCUUGUUGUUGUUCCCCUCUCUGGUGAAAUAUUCUCCCCAACCAUAACCUCUCCCUCAUUCGAUAGCAAGUAACUCUCUUAUGGAAUAACGUUUCAUAACGUAUUCCUUAUUUUAUUUGAGCAGGAUAUUUUUUACUUACUUUAUUUAUUUAUUUUUUUUUUUCGAAUUUUGAAUCUGUCGUUAACACAGUUACCAGUCCGUGACAAAACUCAAGGAAAAGUACCCUGAAUGGCUGUUUGAUGAUCCGCAUGCUAAAGAUUUGUGUCAGAAACUCCUUGUCAAAGAUCCUAGACUCCGAAUAGGUUCUGAAAACGAGGUGAUCGAAAUAAAG